GGAUUGGAGAAGGGAGAGAGGAAUGAAUAUUUGAGUGAGACAUAAUUUACCAUUCCUGGAAGGUGGUGAGUAGUGCCAAGAUACAGACUGCUGGUUACCACACAUCCUUCCUUGUUUUCUCCUUGUCUAUCUCUUUUCUUCUUCAUAUCUCCAAUCAUACUUUCAAAUUUUCUGAGUAGAGAAAUGGGAAAUUGUCAAGCAAUAGAUGCAGCAGCACUAGUGGUGCAACAUCCAGAUGGGAAAAUAGAGAGGAUGUACUGGUCAGUGUGUGCUAGUGAAGUGAUGAAAAUGAAUCCGGGGCACUACGUAUCGCUUAUUAUACCAUUGCCUGCUGAUGGAGAAGAAAAUUUGGAGGAAAAAGAUAGGGAAAAAACAGUGAGGUUUACGCGUGUUAAGCUGUUAAGGCCAACCGACAGGCUUGUUCUUGGUCGAGCUUAUCGGCUUGUCACCACUCAAGAGGUGAUGAAAGUGUUGAGGGCAAAAAAGUAUGCAAAGAUGAAGAGGAAUCUACCGGAAUCAGUUGAUGUGUUGGAGACUCAUAAUUCUUGUUGUGAAGCAGAAGCAAGAAGCUCGGGACUGGAAAGAUCCGUUCAGGGAACGAGAAACGAAGGACAAAGGCAGAGGCCCGGAGCAGGAAACGUUGCAGUUGCAAGAUCAAAAUCAUGGCGCCCUAGACUGCAGAGCAUAUCUGAAGCUGUUAGCUAGUGUUUAUCAAGUUGUAAAAUUUUCAGAACCCUGUAAAAACAGAAAACAGUAAAUCCAUGGAAAUCAGUUCUCAGAUUUAUUUAGAAA